CGUCUUCCUGAUCUUCAUUGCUGCCUCACAUAUUUUCUUAUGCAACCGAUGAGAUUCACCUUCAAAUGGCCUCACCUAAUGAUUGCAUGAUGUUGAUAAAAUCCACUACAUACUCUAGUAUCUGCAAUUUGUCUUUCAAACCUUUGUAAUUGAGGAAGCCCAAGUUCUAAACCAGCUGAUUGUAUCAUUUUUGGUUUUUCUAUUCCAUAUUCUGCAACCUGCAUUCUCAACCUUCUUCAAAAACACUUGAAUUGAUCAGGAAAUAAUAGUUCCAUGCCCAGAAGAAGAUGAUAAGAGCACACUCAAGCGUGCAGUCUGUGAAGAAGCCUUUCACCUAGCCCAACAUUUCUUUCCGUCAUUUGGAGAAAGUACAAUACAUAAAAGCAAGUGAAAAUCUAUGAAGUAGCUAAAAGGUAUAUUGGUGCAUGCAACUGUGCAAGAAGUAAAGAAGCCUUUUCACCAAGCACAUUCUUUCUUUCGUCGUUUGAAGGAAGCACUAGUCAUUCAAGUAAGUGGCCAGGCAUGGUCUAGUAUCGAGUACAUUGUCCUUGAUGGUGCAUGUGAAGAUGUGACUGUAGUGUGGAGGGUCGAUGCCGAAGGGAGGGCCAUCAUAGAAGAUGUACUCAAGAUAGUUCUUGGUGCGCUUGAGUUGGGCUUAAAGGCACCAAUUUAAUUGUAGUACACUACACUCAACAUUCUUAAAAGGACUCCCAAAUGGAUAGCAUAAAAUCAGCCAUUGAUAUUGUGAAGGACGUUGGCCCCACCGUUCGGAGAUAUGUCAAGUAUCAAUUUUGUCGCAGUGAUUAUGUGGAUCAAUUCGUAGCUGUGCAAAAGAAGCUGGAGCGCCAACUAGAAGAUGUUGAAGAUUUGACCCGUAAAGGAGGCUGUUUCACAUAUAUUUGCUCAUCAAGAAAGCUCGAUAAAAAGACUCAAGCACUGAAUGAAGGAAUAUGCAUGCAAGGAGAAAAUUACACUAAGGAUGGUGAGAGUUUGGUCAUAGAUGAUCACUCAAUUGAGUAUUGCACAAUUGUAUUCAAAGAAAAGCAAGAGCAACUGAAGCUCCGACAAAAAGACAUUGAGGCAAAAUUGGAGACUCAACGUAUGCAACCUGGAAAGAUUGCAAGGAAGGAAGUUGAAGACUGGAUGGAGAAAGCAUGCCAUCAAAUUGCCAUAAAGGUUGAAGACCUUAUCAGCCAAGGGGAAUGUUCUUCAUCAUCCAACCUCGAGAAAAAGACUGAAGAAUUGAAGCAAACAUUUACGCAAGGAGAAAAAUACACUAAUGCUGUGGCAGGAAUGAAAUGCAAGAUCAAAUUUUUGGAAUGGUUGAAGGGAGAUGAGGUUACAAGAAUUGCAGUUUGGGGAAUGGGUGGUGUGGGCAAGACAACAAUCAUGAAGGAAGUCCACAACCAACUGUUGAAAGAACCCAAAUUUAACAAAGUUAUUUGGGUAAAAGUGUCAAAAGACUUUGACAUUAUUGUCCAACAAAAAAAGACGUUUGAUAUUCUCAAGUUUCAGAAAAGGAUUGCAAAUAGCUUGGAAUUAAAACUGGAGCUCGAGGAUCACAAGAAUGAAACCAAGCUUGCAGGAUUGAUUUCACAAAAGUUGAGGCAGAGCAAGUCUGUGUUAAUUCUAGAUGAUGUGUGGCAACAAUUUUGUCUAGAAGAUGUUGGAAUUCCUAAUCUAGAUGGAAAUAAUGGUUGCAAGUUAGUACUCACAACACGGUUACAAGAUGUUGCUCAUGCAAUGGAGUGUGAGGUGAUCUCUGUGAAUCCUCUUCCACCUAAAGAAGCAUUUUAUUCUUGGAGAAAGUUGGAAGUGCAGUGUUGUCAAAUGAUAGAAUUAUAAGAGAUAUAGAGCCAUUUUUUAAGCAAAUUUUGCAAAAAUGUGACGGAGUACCCCUUGCUAUUGUGACAGUAGCAAGAACUAUGAGAGGAAAAUUGGAUCCUCGUUCAUGGAAAUGGGCACUUACUAAAUUGAGUAAAUUUGAAGGAAUUGUUGAUUGUUUGAAAUUCAGUUAUGAAUGCUUAGAAUCACAAUGCCAAGAGUGUUUUUUAUACUGUGCCUUGUAUCCUAAAGAUUUUGAAAUCCCAAGGGAGGAGUUAAUUGAGUUUUGGAUUGAGGAGGGGUUUAUAUAUAAAGAAGGGGAAACUAGGGACACAAUGAAUUGUGAAGGUCACGUUAUGCUUGAGAAGCUGGUUGACAACUGCUUGUUAGAAUCAGUCAAAACUAGAGAAGAAAAAGAUUGCGUG